CCUCACCCCCAACUGAGGUCAGUGUUAGGGCUCUCUUUCUCGCUCAAAAACUCAGAAAACAGGACUCGACAUUUCACAUAUUUUCAUUUUUGCCCUUCCGUUUUUCAGAACCGGUCAUGACUGACGGAGGAGAAGGAGAUGGAGACGAGAAAAUGGACGAGAAAACGAACGAGAAAAUGGUUUUCAUGUGGGGAUAUCUCCCCGGGGCCACGCCGCAGCGGUCGCCGCUCCUCCUACCAUCUGUCGUGCAGGUCCCACCUUCCGCCAACGGAGAUCCUUGGAAGGACGUCUGCGGUGGGGGAUGCGGUUUCGCCAUGGCUAUUUCGGAAUCAGGGAAACUGAUCACAUGGGGUUCAACGGAUGAUCUUGGCCAAAGCUAUGUGACUUCUGGCAAACAUGAGGAAACUCCAGAGCCCUUUCCUCUCCCAACUGAAGCUUCCAUAGUGAAGGCCGCAGCAGGGUGGGCCCACUGUGUCGCGGUUACAAGCAAUGGAGAAGUUUACACAUGGGGUUGGAAAGAGUGUGUGCCCUCUGGGAAGGUCAUCAGUGAUCAGCCAGCAACAGGAAGCCUGGAUAAAGAUAUAGUUAAGAGACAGAGUACGUCGUUGAGUGAUCAAGUGAGCCCCAAGUCUCAGCUUUCGAGAUCAACAAGCGGAAUAGCAUCUAGUUUCGACAAUAGAGGUGGUGAGGAAAGCACAAAGCGUAGAAGACUAUCGUCAUCUAAGCAUGCUCCUGAAAGUUCAACAUCUGGCGAUGAAACUCUUUCAGCACUGCCUUGUCUAGUAACAUUGAGUCCUGGCGUGAGGAUUGCAACAGUAGCUGCAGGCGGACGGCAUACCUUAGCAUUGUCAGUUUCAGAUGUAGGUCAGGUGUGGGGUUGGGGCUAUGGAGGGGAAGGACAACUAGGUUUGGGUUCUCGAAUCCGCAUGGUGUCCUCUCCUCAUCCAGUGCCUUGCAUUGAGAUUUCUGCUUACGGUAAAGACAGAUCUCUAGCAAAUCCUAGAGGAGCCAUGGGUUCAGAGGGACCAACUUACAAAAUUCCUGGAAGUUAUGUGAAGGCCAUUGCCUGUGGAGGUCGACAUAGUGCAGUAAUCACAGAUGCAGGAGCUGUGCUUACUUUUGGUUGGGGACUUUAUGGACAGUGUGGGCAGGGAAGUACAGAUGAUGAGCUGAGUCCCAUUUGUGUAUCGUCUCUCUGGGGUAUUCCCAUACAAGCAAUCGCCGCAGGACUGUGGCAUACUGUUUGCGUUUCUGUGGAUGGAGAUGUGUAUGCAUUUGGCGGGAAUCAGUUUGGGCAGCUGGGCACUGGUGCAGAUCAAGCUGAGACUCUCCCAAGACUCUUGGAUGCUCCGAGUUUGGAAAGCAAGCACAUUAAACAAGUUUCCUGCGGGGCUCGUCAUAGUGCUGUAAUCACAGACGACGACGAGGUGUUUUGCUGGGGAUGGAACAAAUACGGCCAGCUAGGCUUGGGCGAUGUGAUUGACCGCGGCAUCCCGUCUCAGGUUCUCAUUGACAAUUGCCUCCCGAAAAGUGUCGUGUGCGGGUGGUGGCACACGCUGGUGCUGGCAGAGUCACCCACUUGAAUUUGAAUUUUCCAUUGAGCAGCAGCAGCACCAGCUUGUACCGCAGUUUUGUCAGGAUCGUAGGUUCCCUCUCCUCUCUCUGAGUAUGUACGUAUCUAUAUGUAUGUACAUAUGGUCUAAGGUAUGCAUAUAGGCCUAUGUAUGUAUUCAUUCUUUUGUGGCCAUGAUAUGGACACAAACCGUCAAAUCACCGCCACGAAUGCUUAAAAUCAGUUCUGAGAUGUAUUAUGAAUAUUAAUUAUCUGAAUCCUGUUUAAUAUGAUUCAGAUCGAUGGUGUUUUCACUGUCAUCAAAAUGCUUUAGAAUGUCCAAGUGGUUGUAUUGAUUGGUGAUA